CUGGCUUGGCGUCUCCUCUGCCAUUCACUUCGAUAUUGUCAAACUAUUGGAUGAUUAUAGCAGAGUUAUUGUUUGAUCACGUUCUUCUGAUUUGGGUUAAAGCAAAUGGAGAAGAUGAUGACGUCACAUCCUGCUGGGGACAAUGAUACUUGUGGUAGUAGCUGGUUGGUGGAUCCAAAGUCAAUGUUUUCUGAGCUGCACCAGCGAGCUGUUGCCAUGGGGAUGACCGCAGACGACCUGACCAGGCUGGAGUUCGUGAAGCAGACGAGAAGGAACCAGCCCAGCGCCGUGAGGAAACUGUGCCAGAAGGUACUCACCAGCUGCAUGUACGUCCUGAUUGUGCUCACCCUCUCGUGGCUGGCCGACUUUCCCCUAUCACGUGACCGGCUGGCUCGGCUGGUGCUCCAGUUCCGGGGCGUGUCUGGGCGGGCGGCCACCCAGGAGAAAUGUCUGCUGGAGAAGUUCAAGGUCAUGGAGGCGCCUCGAACCUGCCGCUUCUGCCAGGAUGUGGAUGACGUCAUGCGGGUGGCCAACGUGUCCGCGAGCCAGUUCGAGGCAGUUUACAGCGGCCGGCCAUUGGUUGUCACCGACGCCAUGAACAACUGGUCGGCCAUUCAUGUUUUUAGCUUCCACUUCUUCAAAGAAAUCUACAACAAAAGUUACGACACACACAAGGGCAAGGACGCCUGCCAGUUUUUCGGCUAUGAUACAGAGUUCAGACGGCUCAGCCAAGUUUUUGAGAUGGACGAUGACCGGAUUUAUCAAAAGGACGGCUCCCUGCCGUGGUAUGUGGGAUGGAGCAACUGUGACCCCGCCGUGACGGAGAUACUACGUCAUCACUACCACAAACCUUACUUUCUGCCUGAAGACUCCGAGUCAGAGGUCACCGACUGGAUCUUCAUGGGGAGCCCCGGCUACGGCGCCAAGAUGCACGUAGACAAGGUCAACCUGCCCUCCUGGCAAGCCCAAAUAGCCGGCCACAAGCUCUGGGUGCUGGAGCCACCUGUUGAGUGCUACUUCACCUGCACGCGCCAGAUGUCCGUCACGGUCCACCCCGGCGAGAUAAUUGUUCUAGACACCAACAAGUGGUUCCAUUCGACCAAAGUCGUCGGCGAUGACGUCAGCAUCACCAUUGGAGCAGAGUUCGACUAAACUGCUACAUCAACCUAUUGCAUUAAAAUGUCAACCGUUUUAGGCUAAUUGUAGAACUUGUUGGCCAACUUCGUACUUUGUGGCCAGUUGUGUAACUAGCUGGCCAACUAUGUACCUUGUGGGCCAACUGUAACUUGUGAUCAGUUGUGUACCUUGUUAGCCAGUCUAAGUACCUUUGUGGGCCAGUCUACGUACCUCGAUGGCCAACUACGUACUUUGUUGGCCAACUACGUACUUUGUAGGCCAGUCUACGUACCUAUGGCAAACUAUGUACCUAGUGGGCCAACCGUAAUUUGUGACCAAUUGUGUAACCUGUAUAUCUAUCGCACAUAUUAUGGAUUGAA